AACCGGGAUCGUUGUGAUGUCCAACUAUUUUGUGUUGUUGUUAGAGCCAAUAGAAAACGCUAGAGGGCAGUGUUGUUCUCUCUGCUUUGUAAACAGACAGCUUGAAACCAUAUACUUAGUUUGUGAUCCUAAAGACUCACUCUUUUUUCACACUUCUUUUUGCUACCAUGAUAUGUUUAUACACAUACACAUUUGGGUUUAUUAUAUAAGGCAUUAUUUGCAGAUUUAAACACAAAUCUCCGAAACUUGUAAAGUAAAAAAGCCCAUGUCUUAAAGGGGCCCUAUUAUGCUAAUUUUCAGGUUUAUAUUUGUAUAAUUUGCUCUCCUGUGACAUGUCUCCAUGCUUUAACAUUCAAAAAGCUCUUUAUUUUUUCUCAUAGGGCCUGUGCUGCUGCACCUCUUUACACCCUCUGUUUGAAACCAGAGCCCAGUCUGCUCUGAUUGGUUAGCUCUGUUGUGAUUGGGCAACUACUUAAAGAUGUCUCGCCCCUCUAGUCUAUCACAUACAAUCUAUUGGAGCUCUAGCCAAUAGAAGUGCGAGUGUUACAUGGGGAUGUCACUAUGUUACAGAAAUAAACAAAGGAGGACAAUGGGGGCGGGGCGUUGCACUUUAAGUUAAGUAAUACACUUUGGAAGUUUUAUCAUGUGAGUUUGAAAUGUUCCACUUUUCACCUGUAGUGUCUGUUUUUAAAAAAAGGGGAAAUAUCCCUCCUGAAAUGGCGCUCCUUGAUCCGAGAUGCCAUUCUUCUAUUUUGCAUAUCUUUACUCGGUGCACAGCUGCAGCCAUUCACAGAUGGACAAAUAGAUCCCAUAACACCUCAGUACUUCCACUCUGACACACCCAAUCAUGAUUCUUUGUGGCCGGGCCUGCAACCCUUGACAGUGAUCUCCCUGCACAUGUGUGAAGGAGCGUCUUCGGUUACCUCCCAUGCCUCUGCACACACAUUAGUUUGAAAGGUUAUUUUGGGCCUCAGAAGUACGACUGUGCUUCCAGUGAACUAACAGGAGGAGUCCAGAUCAGACUCUCCCAUUCUGCCCCUGUGUACACUUCCCCAUGUCAACUGACAGGGGAUUUCCCUCUGAACAACACGUUCUUUCUCUAGGCUCUUGCAUUAAGCUGGAUUUACAUUUGAAACAAUGGACAACAGUCCUCUGCAGGUGUUGACGGUCCCUACAGCUCCCUACCCCGACCAGAGGCCUGGCACCAGCGGCCUGAGGAAAAAGGUCUACGUAUUCCAGACCAGGACGAAAUACCUACACAACUACAUCCAGAGUAUAUACUCCUCCAUCGACCUGCGUGACCGGCAGGGAUCGACAGUGGUGGUCGGAGGGGAUGGCCACUUCUUCAACAGAACCGCUAUUGAGGUCAUUGUGCAGAUGGCAGCUGCCAACGGGGUGGGUCGUAUGAUCAUUGGACACCACGGGAUCAUGUCCAUGCCGGCCAUCUCCUGUCUGAUCAGGAAAUACAAAGCAAUUGGUGGCAUCAUCCUCACUGCCAGCCACAACCCCGGGGGACCUGAUGUAGACUUUGGCAUUAAGUUUAAUACUGCAAACGGAGGUCCAGCAAAGGAGGCUGUCACAAACAAGAUCUUUCAGAUCAGCAGGACCAUCGAGGAGUUUGCCAUCUGCCCCGGACUGCAGGUGGACCUGACUACUCUGGGCAAACAGAUGUUCGAUCUGGAGAACAAGUUCAAACCCUUCACAGUGGAAAUUGUGGACUCUGUGGAAUCCUACGCUAACCUGUUGAGGAACAUCUUUGACUUUUCUGCGCUGAAAGAGAUUUUAUCUGGAGAAAACCAAAUCAAGAUCAGACUGGAUGCCAUGCAUGGAGUGGUAGGACCGUAUGUGAGGAGAAUACUCUGUGAGGAGCUGGGCUGUCCUGCCAACUCUGCCAUUAACUGUGUCCCUCUUGAGGACUUUGGGGGUCUGCACCCAGAUCUUAACCUCACCUACGCUACAGAUCUGGUUGACAGCAUGAGAGACGGACAGUAUGACUUUGGUGCAGCAUUUGAGGGUGAUGGGGACCGUAACAUGAUCCUCGGUAAACACGGGUUCUUCGUCACCCCUUCUGACUCCGUGGCUGUGAUUGCUGACAACAUCUUCUGCAUCCCGUAUUUCCAGCAAACUGGGGUGAGAGGCUUCGCCCGCAGCAUGCCCACAAGCGCAGCCUUAGACAGAGUAGCCAAAGCUACACAAAUAGAGUUAUAUGAGACUCCCACCGGGUGGAAAUUCUUUGGGAACCUAAUGGACGCAGGCAGACUGUCUCUGUGUGGAGAAGAAAGCUUCGGCACAGGUGGAGACCAUAUCCGUGAGAAGGAUGGGCUGUGGGCCGUGCUGGCAUGGCUCUCCAUCCUGGCGUCCAGACGGCAGAGUGUGGAGGACAUCCUGAAGGAACACUGGCUCAAAUAUGGAAGGAACUACUACACCAGGUAUGACUAUGAGAACGUAGACAUAGACGCAGCCUGUGAGAUGAUGGAAGAUUUAGAGAUCUUGAUCGCAGACAAGUCCUUCGUGAAGCAGAGAUUUGCAGUUGAGGACAAAAUCUACCAGGUGGAAAAAGCAGACAACUUUGAGUACACAGACCCGGUGGACAGCAUCAUCUCCAGGAACCAGGGUUUACGGAUAAUCUUCUCUGAUGGUUCUCGGAUCAUCUACAGACUCAGUGGGACGGGCAGCCAAGGGGCGACAGUCCGAAUCUACAUAGACAGCUACAAGAAGGAGCAGAUCUUUGAAGACACACAGGUGAUGCUGGCGCCCCUGGCAACCAUCGCUCUGAAGAUCUCACAGCUCCAUCACAGGACGGGCCGAAGUGGCCCUUCAGUCAUAACAUGAAUCCCCUUCUUAUUUUACUUCCUUCUUUUGUAUAAACUGAGCUUCAAUUCCAAGUGUAGCUGCACAACAUGCAGUAGUUUGCAUGUGAGGCUCAAAUGUGUUUGGUGAUUUAUUCUGUACCACAUUAAACUGCUUUUUAUUUUUGG